AUGGAUUCAACACAAUCACCUUUAGUUGUUUUUGGACCUGAUCAUAUUGAUACCAGUCGUGCUGAAUUGUUGGUACAAUGUUUAAAUGAAAAAAUUAAAGAAAAACGAUUCAAACUGCAAAAACUAGUGAAAGCUAACGAAGAAAAGAAAAAACGAAAUGAAGCCAUAAAAACAGAAGUGAUACAAUUAACAGCGAAGUUGACACAUAUUGAACAGGAAAAUGCUGCUCGUGAACAACAACUUCUAUCUGAACAAAGUCGAAUCAAAGAAUUACAAAUGAACAUCCAAAUGUUAGAUGAACACAACAACUCAAUCAGACGAGAUUACUCCAACGAAGAACACAAAUAUGAACAGGAGAAAUCGACAUUGAUCAAGAAAUUCGAACGUACUAAACAACAAUGGAUUGAAGUUUUCAAACCACAAUAUGAACAAUCGAAAGUUUAUCAAUAUUUGAAACAAAGUGAUACGGCUUAUAAUUGUUUAGUUGAACGUAAAGAAGCACUGUUGGAUGCACACAAAAAUGCUUACAAAGUUUAUUGUUCGCGUCGUCAAGAAUUUUGUUCGCAAGAAAAACUUAGCGAAUCGAUUGUAUCGGUUGCGAAAUCUUAUAUUUCUCGACGAGAUCAAUUGAAUAAUAUCAAUGAAAUGAAGAAGAAAUUACUUGAAUUACAAAAUAAAGAUAAGCAAUUGAUGGAAAGUAAAAUGGAUAAAAUGAAAGCGUGGGAAAGUGUUUAUACUCAACCCAUGAAACGCGAUUUGAUGGAUUUUUGUUUACAAACGAAUAUCGAUCAAGUUUUCACACUUUCGCUCAAUCAAAUUCAACAGGAUAUAUGGUCACAACCAAUGACACCAACAGACUUAACUCCACAAAACGAACAAGUCGAAUUGAUUCCACAAGAACGAAUCAAUUCAAAACCGUCGGUCACAUUUCAACGAUCACCAUCAGCAGUUGAACCAAUGGUCAUUGAAUCGAUUCGAUCUGUUCCGCCUUCCAUUCUCCAUCUGACAACAGCCAUCGAUGACGAUGAUGAUGAAUUAUUUUCAGCAUCUCGUCGAAAAGCACCGCCUACAACUCAAUUAGAACAAAUGAGUCUUCACGAUGAUCCACCAAGCACACAAGCAUUCGUCGUACCAACAACGACAGAUACGCAUAUGAAUCAUUGCCAAGUUACAACUGUUUCAGCGUCGAUGAAGCCACCUGAAUCAUUACCAAUACCAUCCAUGGAUGCUGCUACCGUCGAUAAAUCACAUUCAUCUAUAACAUUUACCAGCAAUCCAAAUCGAACGAUCACAUCAGCUAUUCAGCCACAAGUGACGAGUAAUGACGUUCAACAGAUGUUAUUAACAUUUUCAUCAGAUCCAUCGCCAAAUCAGGACGAAGCAAGUCAGCCAAUGGAAGAUGGACCACAACAACUGCAGCAACGACCGACAUUUUCUAUGGCUUCAUCUAUCGAAUCAACUGCAAGCACCGACGAAGGAUACACUGGUUUCAAUUACAAUUUCGGCUUCAAUAAUAAUACAACAAGUGAUGCACCGGCCAGUGGUACAGAGUUUACAUCACCGAUUGGCUUUGGUAACUGGACGCAUCUCGGUUCACCAUUGAUACCUGGUUCAAAUGAGCAGUUCUCAGCAUUUUUACAACAAGCAAGCAAUGCAGACGAUAAUCCUAGUGCAUCAUUCUCAUUUCCUUCAUUCAAUUAUGAUGAUUUGGGAAAUACUGGAACGACAACUAAUGCAACAUUUAGUUCAUUCUUUUUUGGAAACGGUGCAAGCUCAGUAGACAAAGAAUCUGAAUAA